CUCACUCUUUCACUCUCUUCCAACUUCUUGCUCCCAAGGAAACCAGGGACAACAACACCAUAAUAAAAGUGGGAAGCAGAGAGAGAGAGAUUUAGAGAGAGGAGAAAAUUGGAGGCUUGUUCCGGCGAUGAACGAUGGGAGCCCCGACGACUGGCUGCCGGAAGGCUGGAGAGUUCAGGUCAAUGUUAGGAAGAGCGGUAAGAAGGAUAAGUGGUACUUUCCUCCCACCGGCGGGGCUAAGUUCUACUCUAAACUUGAGGUAACUCGAUAUCUAAAAAGCAACGGUAGUGGCAUCAACGUUGGUGGCAGCGAAGGCCAUACGAGCGAUGAUAGCUACAACACAGUUAACAAUACUAGAAGCGACAAUAACAUCAGUACAAUCGACAGUAGAGGCAACUUCAACACUACAGGCAACAUCACCACUCCCUCCAAUACUCUCAAGAAUAGCAACAACCUCAACUUGGUCAAUAUCACUAGUAGCAACCCCACCAACACCCCCACCAUAGGGAAGAAUACCAACAAUGUCACGGAUAGUAGCAAUCACUUUGCCAAUAGCCAUCCCAAGAGUGGAGAGGGGGAGAAUAGCACUCUUAAAAGAUCCUCUAAACAGGUUACCUUUGAGAAGGCUACAGCGGAAGGGUUACCUCCAGGAUGGACCAAAGAAGUUAAAGUAACAAAGAAGGGCAGAAAAAUACGAAGAGAUCCGUAUUAUACGGAUCCUGAAAAUGCAUACACAUUCCGUUCCAUGAAAGAUGCGGUUCGGUAUAGUCAGACUGGGGAGGUUAGAAGACUAGCAAUCAGGCGGAGGGAAGGAAGGCAUCAUGACGAUGCAGAAGAUGAUGAAACUCUGUCGCCAGCUUUAACCAAGAGACACCACUUGGGGACUGAUGCAACUAUGAACAGAACUAAUAAGAGCUUAAAGGUGCCUGGAGUAGAACCUACCUUCAAAGUAACUAAAGUAGCUCCACCAGCAGCUGAAGCCCUCCCAGAUGUUCAAGAAAUGCAACAUGAAGAAAUGGACCAGACCUUGAAGGUGACUGAACAGGCUACUACUAUAGUACCUGAAAUACUCCCUGAAAAGCGCACAGUUCAACACGAGGAAAAGGAGAUUGGAGCAACUGCUCCAGAAGCUAAAGGUGUCUCUGAUAUGCAGCCUGUACAACAACACAAAGUGGAAAACCAUGAGACCAAGAAAUAUAGUACAACUGGCAAGUCCAAGAAAAAGGAGGACGUCGUACAGAUCCCUCGCCGUGCCUCGAAGCGACUUGCUGCUCUUCCUCUUGAGCCUACUACCGCAGCACUAGAGGCGAGUCCAUCUUCUCAUCAAGCAGCAGCAGCUGUUAAAACUGUGGAUGUUGGUACUGCCGCACUUGAUUCUACCUCAGCACUGAAGACCCCAAGUCAACAACAUCAUCAUCAUCGAGCAGCAUUAGUUAAGCCGUCAAGUGAUCCGGCUGAUCCCAAGCUGGAAGUAAAUCAUCUAUACCAGAAUACAUCCGUGGCAAGAAAAGCCUUCGCCGAGUCAAAUAAGAGCAAGCUUUCUGGAACUUGUAAGAAAGCUGAAGAAGGUGAAGCGGGGAAACUGCCUCUCGAUGCUCCCCUGGGAGAGUUAUGGGAAGACCCAUGCAUUGCAUUUGCAAUAAAGACCCUCACCGGGUCACUUGAUGACUUGCCAAUGGGGUCGAACUAUAAUGGACUCGGUGAUUCAGCCAGUUCGAAGGAGCAUCUGGCUACUCCAGAAAUAAGCAUUCCUGAACCGGAGCCAAUAAACCAUUCUCAGAAUCCAGUAUCGCCUGCCGGCUUGUCUGCAGCUUAUACAUGGGCAGACCCCUGUAUCGAGUUUGCCAUAAAAACUCUAACUGGUGCAAUUCCACUGGAGUCUGAUCUUUUCAACAUGCAAGAGCAGGCAACUUCAUCACAACAAGUUCAACCAAGUUCCGGUCAGGUAUUCCACCAGCCUACUACUAUCGUCCCUACCGAAGCAGCAGCAAGGGUAGAGCAGCUGUCAUCACCGCAGACGAAAAUCGCGAGGUACACUGGUGGGAGCAGCCCGUCUGCUGGUAUGGGAAGGAGAGUUACCAGAAGCCAGAGGAAGGCUGUGUAGGUUUGUCGUUAACUGUAGUCGUCUAGUCGAUUGUUAAUUGUACAUAUGGAAGGUGAAGCUCUCCGAGUCCGGAGAGCAACAUCAUUUUGGCUUUAGUUCUCUCUUAUCCUAGUUAGCUUGCUCUACCGUGUUCAGUAAAUCUGCUCACCUGUGUAAACAAAUGUUCUAACUUUAGGGUUCUUGCUUCUGGGCUGCCUCCAAUGGAUGAUGAUGGUGAAUACAAUAAUCUCCAUGAUGUAGUACUAUAUCAUGUUUUUUUUUGAGUAAAAGUACUAUAUCAUG